ACUUGGAGUGGAAAAUUAUCUAUGUGGGCUCUGCCGAAAGUGAAGAAUACGAUCAAGUUUUAGACUCUGUUUUAGUGGGCCCCGUUCCUGCAGGAAGGCAUAUGUUUGUUUUUCAGGCUGAUGCACCAAAUCCAGGACUCAUUCCAGAUGCAGAUGCAGUGGGGGUAACAGUUGUGCUAAUUACUUGUACCUAUCGAGGUCAAGAAUUUAUUAGAGUUGGCUACUAUGUAAAUAAUGAAUAUACUGAAACAGAAUUAAGGGAAAAUCCACCAGUAAAACCAGAUUUUUCUAAGCUUCAAAGAAAUAUUUUGGCAUCUAAUCCCAGAGUCACAAGAUUCCACAUUAACUGGGAAGAUAACACAGAAAAACUGGAAGAUGCAGAGAGCAGUAAUCCAAAUCUACAGUCCCUUCUUUCAACAGAUGCAUUACCUUCAGCAUCAAAGGGAUGGUCCACGUCAGAAAACUCACUGAAUGUCAUGUUAGAAUCCCACAUGGACUGCAUGUGACCAGGUGCCAUCCCAGUAGUACAGAUUAAGCUAUUAAAAACAGAACUAUUUCCCUGAAGUUCCGUAAGUACAUAGUCAAGGUGAAAUGUGAAGAGAAUUUGUUUAAAAACAUCCUGUAGAAAGUUUAUAAGAAAACCAGUAUUUGAGCAAAUUGUGGAAUAUAAAUACAACUAUUUUUAAGUACUUUCUUUCUCUAAUGUGUUAUUUUAUUUGUUCAUGAAACUAAUCUGGUUAAAGUAUAUAUAUAUUAUUUUCUUCUUUAUAUGUAAUUAAAGCACUUAUAAAAAGAAAACUUAUCAAUUAUUAGACCAGGUUGUGAAGGUGUUUUAGCCUCUUGGACAGUAAUACUUUUUACUAGCCUUUAAAAGAACAAAGUUUACUUCAACUAAAAUGCUUUUUCCUGUGAAGACAGUGUCCUUUCAAUUUAAGGAGCAAACUUCCAUACUGUAGUAAAAAGAAAAAAAAAAAGAGAGAUGU